GGCUUAUAAAAACUAACAGAAAAUAAAGUUGUUCUAAACCGUAUGCUUUAUUUAAUGGCCCUUCAAUACACGCAUUUAUUUUGAAAAUAUGACUUACAGAUGUGAAAUAAAAUUUUAUUUUCUAAAGUUGUAUUUUGUAUGAGAGCUUAUUGGACACGGUGUAAGUUUACUCUUGAGACAAAAAAAUGUUGCGCUGUGUUUAAUUUAAUGUAAUUAUUCUGGAACGAUUGAGCCGCAUGGUGCUUAGCACAUUUGAAUGGUAUAUAAAUCCAAAAUUUCACAUAUGAAUCCAAAUGCUAUUCUUCUGCAAGAGUUUUUAUUGUAGUUGAUAGAUCUACAAAUCACAAAAUUCUAACACCACAAAACUUACUGAAAAGAAGAAGGUGACUGUUUUUGGCGGCUCUCAUUUCAGACAGGAACAACACACCACCAAAGCAUCGAAAACCACAAUGAAAGACGCAAGACAAGCGUGAAAUUUGAAUUGUUUCAAUUGCACAACCACCAACCAGUUUACUGUCGUCGCUAAUUAAAGACCACUAAAAAGCGUCCCCAGUCUAAACAAGUUACGGACAAUCGGUUGACACCGCUGCGCUGCGCUGAGCCGGCUGCUGCUCUUCUUGGCAUGAUUUGUAGCGGUGAAAUGUGUGGCACCCAGAGCAGCGCUAGCGGACGACGACGACGAUGUGAUGUUAGUUUGUUUCGCGACAACAAUGGGUGCACAGCAGCUAGCAGCACAUGUUUCCGUCUGUCUGUUUGUCUAUCUAGGUGUAGGUAUGCGGUUGCAUGGCCGGUGGCAAGAAUGAACCCUUUUUGGCAGCGAUAGACAGUGUCGCGGUUUUCAGCUUCCGAACAAGUGCCAUCCUUCUGUUGUUGAGUUUUCGUGUGCGCGUUAAUUUGUUUCGUUGUCCAGGUUUUCGGCGAGGCGUGGUACCCACUGAUUUCGGUUACGGUGUCAGAACUCUGUGCUUUAGUGAGCAACAUACAACCAUAAUGGAUGAGGCCACAAAUAAGGAGGAUACCGACGAAGCGCGAAAGAUGUUGGGCGCAGCGUUAAUAGGACGACGAAAGGGCAAUCCCGCAGCCAAGAGCAGAACUUUGACCGAGGAGGAGAUCAAAGGUCCUAGACAGCAAAUACCCGUGCCGCUAGAGGUCCAAUACGCUCAAAGUAUAAUCAAACUAAAUUGUAAGUAACCUACAUGUACCUAUGUCCUGAACAGUUAUUUAAACGAAAUAUAUUUACAGUCGAGUCGCGAGCUACGCUCGGACUACGGGAAAGUUUAACAUACACUAAACCCCAAUUUACGCUCAAAAUGUGGGAAGCUCUAAUUGGGUUUUUAAAUUAAGAAAAAUGUAUUGAUUUUAUUAUUUUAUACAGAAGAGCACCUUUUUUUGAACCACUAUGAUUUUUUUCAGAUUUUUUGAACUUUAUUUUGAUACUUAAAAUCAAUUACAAAUAUAUUUUUUGAAAUCACCUUUUGACAGCUCCGCGCAGCACAAAAUGCGACGAGGGGUGAUUCGACAAAUUGCUCCCAUACAAACUUCAAACUGAUUUUCAAAUAGGUGCCUGGGCAUGAAAAUUUGGAUUUCGGCUCAGUUUUGCAUGCAGAUUCAGAAUAUGGAAUUAUCUCAACACCACUAAAGAAGCCAAUUGGGGGAGCAUUAUUUGGGGGGGAGCGCUAUUUGGGAAUUAGUGCGUGAAUCGAAGGGGCGUGUUUUUUCAGUUUCAGAAUUUCUUUGUGAAGAUCGAAAUUAUAAUGUUUUUUACCCGUUUAAAUUAUAGUCUUAUAGUUAGUUUAGUGAUUCCCAACCUAUGAUAAUGAGCCAAGCGAAUUUCUUAAGAACAGAAGGUGCGAGGAUGAUAUGAAAAGGUGUUUCGGAUGCUGCACUUCAGGGAGCACUUAUCACAAUGUAGUUGUAUAGCAAAGCUCAGUGGUUCCCAAUCUGGGAUAACGGGUCAGAAGAAUUUCUCAUGAACCGAAAGUGCUAGGAAGAAGUGCAAAUGUUUUUCGGAUUCAUCAUCUCAAUGAUCAGUAUCUUUAAUACAAUAAUGUUGAAAAAACCAGUGGUUCCCAAUCUGUGGUCACGGGCCACGUGAAAAUUUUGAGAACCGCAAGUGUGACGACAAAAUGAAAAAGUUUUUCGGAUUCUACGCCUUUGGAACUUUGUGGAACUUGAAUAAAGGGUGAUACGGUCAAAAUUUGGUCACACAAUUUGUUUCAUAACUUGAGACUGCGUACACCAAAACAGCUGAUUUUUGGACCAGUAAUGGUACAUUAUAUAUAGCUUGUACCAUAAAAUUUUCAUUAAAAUCGGUCCAGUAUUUGCGGAGAUAUUGUUGAACCCUGAGAUCUGCAAUUUUAAAAUUUUGUGCAAAGAGGAUUCACAAAUAAGAACACAUUUUUACUGUUUUGUUUAUAGAGCCAGAGAUACUUAACCGAUUUCAAUGAAAAUUUUUCUGUAUGUGAAGUAUGCAUAUCAAAAUGUUGUGUAAAAAUUUCAUUCAAUUUGAUCCAGCCGUUACAAAGUUAUAUUUGCUUAAGUGGCACCCGGUCAGUUUUUUUCAUAUUCAAACUGCUAUAACUUUGAAAGUAUUCAUACAAAAUGGCUCAAGAUUUUACUAAGAACAUAUUUUUAUAAUAGUAUUAUACUGUAAAAUUUUGAUAUUGCUCCAAUGUAUUGGUAGUUCUAUAAUCAAAAUUGUGCUUUACUGACCUUAAAUUUCCAAAAAAUUACUAUGGAGUGCCUUUGUACAAAAUUUUAAAAAGGUAGGUCGAUGGUUUUAUCUAUAUAUCAACCAAUAAUUAAUCGGUUUUGAUGAAAAUUGUAUGGUAUAAGCUACAUAUAAUGUACAUGUGUACAUAUAAUGGUCCAAAAAUCAGCUGUUUUGGUGUACGCAGACUAAAGUUAUGAAAAAAAUUGUGUGACCAAAUUUUGACCGUAUCACCCUUUAUAGCCCAGUGAUUCCCAAAAUGACGUCACGGACCACUAACACUUCUGAAGCACCGGAAGUGCCAGAAAGUAGUGCAAAUGUUUUUCGGAUUGUUUAUCUCAUUUUUUCAAUUCACCCUCAUAGUGCACUGAUUACAUUAUUGCUGUCUUGCAAAAUUCAGAUGUUUCCAAUCUUUGUUCAAGGUCCUCAAGAAUUUCGCACGAACCAAAAGUGCUAGGAAGAAGUGAACAUAUUUUUUUUGGAUUGAUCAUCUCAAGAAGAAGUAUCUGCAAUACAGAUGUGUUUCAAGUAUCAAUGGUUUUCAAUAUGUGGUCACCGAUCACGCGAAUUUCUCAAGAACCGAUAGAAUGUCUCAGGUGGUUUCAGGGGUUCUAAGGUAUUCCAAGAGGCCUCAGAGGCAUUUCAGGGGUUCUCAAGGAGUUUCAAGCGAAGUUCCAGCGGGUCGGAGGAGCGUUUCAGGAGGUCGCAGGGCAAUUUUAGGAAGUUCCUGGGGAUCUUAUGGGUGUUUCAGGGUUUUUUGAGAGAUCUUAUGAGCGCUUAAGGAGGACGAGGGGUUUCUUAGACCAAAAUUUGGUCUUAGUGGUUUAUGAACAGACCCAUACUAUUAUUAUUAUUAUUAUUAUUAUUAUUAUUUUAUUUUAUCUGUAUUAACGAGAUUUUUAACCCAAGGCUAGUUCAUCUCGGGACCCACGCUUCACUUCCCUUCCGAAGGAAGAGAGUGGGAUUCGCUCCACUGACCCAUACUAGAUUACUAUACGUCAAAUAGCCCGUUACCUCUACUUUGGAAUUACUCAACUUUGUGAUCCAUGAGGACUCUUAGGAGUUUUUGCUUUUGAGAAAUUAGCAUGGCACGUGUCCCCAGGUUGGGAACCACUGUUGUCAUAAUCUAAACAAAUAUUUUCACUUUCUCAUCGCACUUUCGAUUCUUGAGAAAUUUGCAUGACCCGUGAUCCAAGAUUGGAAAUCCCCUGAGGUUUACAACACCAGUAUAUUGAACCAGUACCACUUGAACCGCAUAAUCUUAAAAGCAUUCACAUAUUCUCUUCUGACUUUCGGUUCUUAUGAAAUCAAUAUGGCCCGUGAGCUCAGCUUGAGAACCACUGAGAUUUGCUACUCCACUUUAUUGUAACAAUUGCUUCUUGAAACGCAGAAUCUGAAAGCCAUUGUAAAUUUCUCAUAGCACUCUAGAUUUUUGAAAAAUUAGCAUGGCCCGUGACCCCAGAUUGGAAACCUUUGAGAUUCACAACAUCACUUUAUUAAAUACAAUUAGUGCUUCUAGAGAUAUAGAAUCCAAAAAUCAUUCAGACCUUCUUCUCGGAAUUUCAGCUCUUCCGAAAUUUGCAUGGCCCGUGAUUCCAGCUUGGGAAUCACUGAGCUUUGCAACACCAAUUGUUUGUGUUGAUUGCUCCUUGAGACGCAGAAUCUUGAAAAAAUCGCACCUUCUCCUCGGACCUUCGGUGCUUGCGAAAUCAGCAUGGCCCGUGACCCCAGCUUGGGAUUCACUGAAUUGUGCAACGCCUCUAUACUGUGAUAAAUACUUCAUGAGACGCAGAAUUUGAAAAACUUUUUCACUUUCUAAUCACACUUUCGAUGCUAGAGAAAUAAGCAUGGCCCGUGGCCUAUGGUUGGAAACAACUGAUCUAUGCAAUACUACUUUAUUGUAAUACAUGUAAUGUCUAUGAUUUUGAGCAACUGUAGAUGUACUUUCAGGUUGCCUAUUUUCCCAUACAUAAUUUAUGGCUCGUAGUAAUAUCAUAAACUUCCCAUGAAAGGUUGUGUUAUUAAUGGACGGUCCCUAACAACAAUUUUUUCAUGUCAUUUGUUUUGGCAGGUUUCUAGUAUAGACUAGUUUAGUCUACAUAUACACAGCCAUUCAUUGAAGGAAUCCUGGAAAUGUGGAUAGGAUCGACUACACCUACCAAUUGUCUUAUCAUUAUUAAUGGUUGCAGUGCAUCAGAGAUGCAUUACAAGCAUUAAAGCGGCCAGGCCUACUGUGCAGCGUUAUUUAUGUUAUUGAAAUCAGAAAACGGGGACAUCUCGUACAAACCGUUCCUUGAAGAUUGAGAACAAUAUACCGCAUCGUUGGGAGUGACUAUGCUAAGAAUGUUAAUGUCACUCCAUAUCCUCUGGACUACUGGGAUGGGACAACGGUAUUUACCCCGUAUGCCCUCGCUCUCAAGCCUACGCUUAAGCGUCUUUAUCCGUUCUCAUCUGUUUUUGGCAUGUUUCAUGUUUUGAUUCCACCCGCGGAUCCUCUAAGGAUUAAUCGAAGGAUUUCUCCUGGAAUUCCUCGCGGGAUUCUUUGAGGGGUUCCUCCCGGUAAUCCCAAGGUUUCUAGUCUAGACUCUAGAGAUUCUUUCAGCGAUUAAUCCAGACUUGUUUCAGGGAUGAUUUAACGGAUUUCCGUCAGGGAUUUAUCCCGGAAUUUCUAUCGUGACUUUCCCAGAGAUUCCCUUAGAAACUUCUCCUGGGAUUUCAAAAUAUCGUCAAGAAUUUCCUCAAGGAUUAUAUCAGAGAUUCCUCCCGAGAAAUCUUCAUUGGUUUUUUCCAGGAUUCGUUCAUGGAUGUCUAGGAAUUUUUUUAUUUCGGGGUUUUAUCUGCGAUUUCUCCAUUGCCCGCAUUUUUUCCUGCAAUUUCUUCAUGGAUUUCUUCCAUGAUUCAUUCAAGGAUUUAUCCCGAAAUUCUUUAGCAAUCCUCUCGGGAUUUCUUCAAAAAAUCCUACAUGGAUUCUUCUCGUGAUCCCUUCUUAUAUUUCACAUGGGUUUCCUUCGGGGAUGUCUUCUGAGAUUGUUUCAAGGAUUCCUCCAGAAUUCUUUUAGGAACUCUUUCUGAAAUUCUUUUGUGAAUUACUCCAGGAUUUUUCAUACAUUGCUUCCGGGAUUCCUUUAUGGAUUUCUGCCGGGAUUCCACCUGGAUUCUAUCAGAUGUUCCUUCCGAGAAUAGUCCAAGGGUGCCUCUCGUUUUAUCAGGAAUUUCUCUCGGAAUUCUUUGAAGGAUCCCUUCCUUACGAUUCCUUCCGAUAUUCAUUCUUCGACUUCCCCCAGAAUUUGUUUUUUUUCUGAGACUAAGAGAUGAGUGUUUCAGCGGGUUACAGGGCGCUUUAUAAGACAUCAGACGAUUUUCAGGGGAGUUUCUGUGGUGUUUUAGAGGCGCCAGAAUCAUUUCAGGAGGUGUCGGGGCUGAUUAAGUCGUGUUCAUGGGCAUUUUAGUGGACUCCAAGGUAUUUGAGGAAUGUUUCAGAGGGUUUCCAGGGGCGCUAAUUGGGAGUUUCUGGUGGUUUCAGGGGCAUUUCAGGAUGACUCGUGUGGUCUCAUAAGGGUUCUGGUAGCGUUUCAAAGAAUUUUUGUGGGGUCUGGGGGCUUCAGGUACGCUUCAGGGGGGUUGCAGAAGUGCUUCAUGGUGUUUCAGCGUUUUUGAGUGUUUUGGAGUCCUUUCAAGGACUUUCAGGGGAUAUAGGCCUAAAGGGGUGCAGAAUUCAGAUGGAUUCAUAAGAGUUUUAGAGGGGGUUCAAUGGAUUUCAAAGGGUGCAUGGUUUUCAGCGGCGUUUUAGGGAUGUUCCUGAGAGUUCAGCAGCGUUUUAGGGGUUUCUUGGCGUUUCAGGAGCAUUUGAGGGGAGUUAAAGGGGCUUCAUAGGCGCCCCACAAUUUUAGGGGGGCACUGAGAAGCUUCAGUUCAUUCCAGGUGUUCCAAUAGGAGCCCCUAUAGGUUGUAGCCUGGACAGUCUUAAGAGCCUCCGGAGCAAAAGGGCCUAUAAGGUACUAAACACAGUUAUAUCUUCCUAAACUGAAUCGUCUUCCUUCUCCAAAUUUCUGGAACGAAGUAAUAUCGUUAAGUGGGUGUCGUGCUUUAUAAUCGAAAGGAAAGGUUCUCUCAUCGUAGAAAAGAAGAAACACUUCAACCAUCCAACGAACGGAAAUGAGAAGGAUUUGAAUAAUUUAUGGGCUGAUAAAUCCUCGGCUCGAUUGAUUUAGGAAGUGAUAAAACGCGAAUCACCACCCACCCCGUCCAUCGCAUCGUAUGGAAUUAUGGGAUUUUACGCCGCAACACCUCAAGCGUUCUAGAACAGAAAAGGUUAUCCAUCUCGUCGGCGGCCAUUCUUGUUUACAGUCAUGUCGCCCAUCACCCAACCUGUUGUUGCUGAUGGACCGACCGAGAAAUUGCAUUCGACAUCACCAUUCGAAUUUUGGCACGGAGCUAAAGAAAAUACCACCAGUUGACAUGAAUUGAUGAAACGCUUUCGAUUGGAUGCAUCUGGCUGGAAACGGUUGCGGUUGGGUUGGUUGGGCGGUAUGACAAACACACAUCACUUUUGGCAACGGCACGCGGAUGCUUGACUCGGCCUAAUGGAACGUACGAAACCUGGCAAUAAUAAUUAGUAGUCGAGCAGAACUAAGCAGGAAGCUGCACACUACACUGCUGCUACACUGCUUGCUGGUCCAAGUGUAGCGCGUCGCGGUUGGCUGCCAGAGUCGUUUUUCGUCGUGACCUUUACUUUUUUGACAGGCACGUGACUGUGGUGAACAUUUCCAUCUUGUGAGCCGGAAAGCCAAAUCCAGUUUGGAAAUCGCACGUCCGCAGAAAUAAUUUAUGGGAUUGAAGGCCAUAGUUUUCUCCUCUUCAUAUUUUUUGUGGUCGAAGUAGAUUCUAGAAAGUAUUGCUUUUGGGUGUAGGUCUUGUUGUGGAAGAAUUUUAUUCUUGAACUAUUGCUAGAAGAAAUUAUACCCACUAAAAUCAUUUUUAACAUGGAUCCAGAUUUGAAACUCAAGUACGGGAACGAUAACAAAAGACAACUGUAAUUGGCUAGACAAAUAUAUUGACAGAAAACACCAAAAUUGUAUCUUUUUUUUUGAACUAAGGACUGUUCAUUAAAGAAAGUGGACAUCUGUUUACCAAUAGUUUAGAGUUAAAACUAAACAAAAAAUUGUGAAUUCUUUCUCAGUGUGUAAAAACAUUGUUCACUUUGGCAACACACUCAAAGAAAACGGAAAAAGUAAGAAAUUUCGAGCGACACGUCGUAUUAGCUUUGCGACUAGCAGAUUAAUUCUGCACAAAUGGUGUUCCAAAAAGUUGUCGUUUCGAGAAUUAGCUUACUAAUACACUUCCGGGACCGCAAUUUUUUAACGCUAAGCAGGGGACAGAUGUGCCAGAUGAUGUAGGGUACAUCAGAACUGAAAAAAUUGGGAAAAAGUUUUUGGUGUGGCAAGCCAAUUGUUCAUGUGGCUUAAAGAGUUCUUCAUAUUUCACAACGGGAAAAACAACGGUAAAAAUAACAGAAAAGAAUGCAUCAAAAAACGACUUCUACCCAUCUACCGAAAACAUACGGAUCCUCUUUUGUUUUAGGCGGAUCUGUCAUCCGCUUAUUGAGCUUCUUCUACACUAGGAAUUCUCAAGACGGAAAAACUCGAUUUUGUCGAAAAAUGGCAAAAUUCACAAAACUACUCUGAACAGCGUCCUGUGGAAAGAUACUGGACAAUAAUUAAGCGGCAUCUCAAGAAAGAUGGAAGAGAAGCAAGUUCUGUUGAUUGCUUCAAAAAAAAAAGGUCUGCGGCACAACGAAAAAUUACAGAGAAAGUUGUGCAGAAUCUAAUGGGAGGUAUAAAGAGGAAAGUCCGAGCGCUCUUCCGAAAAGCAAAGCAAAUGUUCAAACUCACGUGAAUUCGGUCACAUUUAUGUUGAUUGUCAUUUAUAAAACAUAAACCUUUGAAUUUGUUCGAAAAUACAUAUUUUCUAUUGAAAAACAGGUGUCCACUUUCUUUAAUAAACAGUCCUUAGGUUAUUAUUGAAUCAAAUCAAUCAUAAAUGAUUCAUAAUACAUCUAAUUAGAGAUUAAUCGAAUAGAAGAUUCACUUUCGUAUGAACAAUUCCGCUGAACAUUUGAAUUUGAACACCAACUUCAAAUGUUAAACCAUAUCAGGAAUUCAAAUUUCAACUUCACGUAUAAUUUUUGCAGCAACGUUUGCGUCACCUAGUGAGUCAAUUCAGAAGUUAAUUGUUGAGCAUGUGCAAAGGAUGGAUCUUUUGAACAACUUAUCUGAACAUAGUAUUCUGAAAUACCGAGUAAUUCUAAAGAUAUUCACUUCAAAAGUACAGGGGAUAGACAAAAUGAUCGGGACAGGCAAAAUUUUCACUUUUCAAAAAAUGUUCAAAUAGCUGUAACUUUUUGUAAAGUGCAUCGAAAAAUCUGAAAUUUUUACUGUAAGUUGAUCAAUUGGUUGUGUAUCGAUGGUCCAAUUUUGGAAAAGAUCGGGCUAUUUUGUACGAAGCUAUAAAUAUUCUAGCAAAAGGUAUAAUUAUCCGAUAGCCAACUUUGAGCUGUUAAAUCUCCGGAUGCAAUAAACUGAAUGCAAUGAAAUUUUGACCAUUUAUGACUUACAUAAUGGGCUUUGAAAAACGUUUGACUUAACUUGAAAUUAUUAACAAGAGACAAAGUUAUAGCGAUUUUAUUUAUUUUACGAUUUUUCAGAAAAUUGGUCUAUUUUUAAUAUGCAUCCCAUUACUUUUUCAAUUCAUUACCGGUUAUGUUGUUACUUUCCAUCAAAACAUAUUUAUAUACAAGUCAAUUAAAGGAAAUUUAAAUAAACUAUGAUUAGAAUCUUGAAUUUUGAAACGAUGUUGAAGUUUUGGAAAAUUUGGUGUUUUAUUAGAAAAAUAGUCAAAUCGUUAUAAUUUUCUUCCGUGUGAACAAUUUUAGGUUAUGUCAAAAGUUUUUCAAAGCUUAUCAUACAAAUCGUAAACGCUCAAAAUUCCAUUGCAUUUGAUUCAUUGAAUCCGGAGAUAAAGACUGCCCCAAAAAGUAUGGACGCACCUACUCUUCAGUUAUCUGGGCCUGAUCGAUGGUUCUUGUUUCGGGCUUUAUUUUGACAGUUUCUGCUUACUAUAGGAUCGAAAAUUUAAACGUUCUUUGCCACGAUGAGCAUUGGAAUUCGAAAUGGUUAUUUUUUUUAUCAUACCCCGCUUUGUGUGAGUUAGAAGGUUUUUUCUUGUGCUCGAACACCUUCAUUAUUUGUUAUUACAAACGAGAGUUAGCAGGGUCUUUAUUUUUUACCCAAUUUUUGCCUAUGCUUAAAAGUGUUACCCCCACCGUGGAUGAUGAUUGCUGUUUGCAAAAUUUUUUCACUUACUCCCACCAUAUUUUGUUCAUUUCCUAAGUGACCUUUCAAACUCCGUACAUCGUUUGUGCACAUUUUUUCGAUGAUGUUCCGCUGAAGGUUCAUGAGUUUUAAAACAAACUAUUGAAAUCGCAAAAACCGCUAUACAAAUGUUGAGAAAAUAGGUUGACCAACAGGAUGUAGCUUUCAAAAAGAAUUAGUCAUCAAUAGUAGCCCAAUCUUUUCCAAAAUUGGACCAUCGAUACACAACUAAUUGAUCAACUUACAGUAAAAAUUUUAGAUUUUUCGAUGCACUUUUAAAAAAGUUACAGCUCUUUGAACAUUUUUUGAAAAGUGAAAAUUUUGCCUGUCCCGAUCAUUUUGUCUAUCCCCUGUAUUUAGGACAGAACUUUCGAAGUGAAUAGGACGAUGGGCGGAUAUAGGUUACUUACCUUACCGUACUUACCGGUCAGACUAAGGCCAGAGUGUCGUCUGCUGUACGUAGGAGUCGUCUUCAGUCUAAUCGGUCCAUGGCUGUGUGUCUCCAGUUCCGCACUCUUCGAAGUGUCCGCAAAUCGUGUUCCACUUGAUCGACCUACCUAGCUCGCUGCACACGACGUCUUAUUGUAUCGGUAGGAUGACUCUCGAGAACCAUUUUUUUUGUUCCUCCCCUGUUGGGGAAAUUAAGCCACUGCGUCCAAUAGGCUGAACUAUUGUGGCAUGUCCCGUUUUGAUAUUCGCAUCUAGCCAGCUAAUUAUCAUGUGUCAAGUAAUCAGCUACUGUCACGACGCGUCGUCUCGUAGUCAGGUGCAAUGGAAUUGAUAAACUCCAAGACCUUCCCAGGUUUUGCAGACCAGAUCUCACUGGGUUGCAAGCAAGCACUAUUUAGAAAUCUUUGCCUGCGCGUGUAUAAAGCACCACAACUGCAAAGCAGAUGUUCCGAGGUUUCACGUUCCGUAUUACAGAAACGACAGAUAUCACUCUGAAUUUGGCCAAUAUUUUUCAAGUGAUACCUGCUCGGGCAGUGUCCAGUUACUAGACCAGUGUAUGUACAUAGAGCUCUCUUGUUGAGCUGUAAGAGCUUUUUGGUUUUAUAAGCAUUUGGUGUUAUAAAUCGUUUUGACUGAUUGCAAUUUUUGACGUCCAUCCAAUUGGAUAUCACCCUCUGCUCAGCCCAGCGUUUCAGGUCCAUUUUAAUUGUACAGUUUGAUAUACCACAGAAUGGUUCUGGGCCAGCAAACUGUAAAUUGGAACCACUUUUAGCAAGCUCGUCUGCCAUUUCAUUUCCUUCAAUGCCACAGUGACCUGGAACCCAGUAUAAGUUUCCCAAGUAACAAUCAGCAUGCCUUGAAGGUUUAUUCAUGUUUCAACCUGGUUUUAUACGAGCAUGUCAAAAAGCUAGUUGUUCUGAAUUAGUUUUAUGUGGUAGUUUUUUACUUUGAACCUUCGGCGUUCCAAAAAACUAUCAUAUAACUUCUGCUAUAAACAUCUUCAAUUAAAGACUUGCAAGUAGACAUGAAUUGGUUUUAUCACUUAUUAUAUACCAUUUCAAUAAAACUUGCAUUUGCGGUUGUUGUCGGAGAGAUUUUUUUGUAAACAAACCCACAAAACUGUGAGGCAAUGCAUAAAACCAACAAAAGAUUUCGUGGCCGUAACAUAAACCAAAAAAAUGCUGCGAUAAAACCGCUAGUUCUAUCAUGAGCUCAGUUAUGACUACCUCAGGAGGGUUAGCCCUAUUGGAGGAAUCAUCAGCAAUACAGAGUUUUGUCAGAAAAAUAUGUCGCCUAGCCGGGAUAAUUCAUGUAAAUACAGAAAAACUAUUUCUCAGUUUUAUGAUUUCACGUACAGCUUAAGAUAAAAUUAAACCAUACAACACGUUUCCGUCAUUUUAUUUUGUCGGAAAAAUUACAUAAUGUCUUUUAAACUCCGCUGUGUUGAAAAAACCUUUUUUGCACCCAAUUCCACCGAGUAAAUUAAAUGCGUUUAACUUCCAAAUUAUGCAUAGUUUGUGUGGCGCACUUAGUUUUUGUCAUUAUCACAGUCACAUUCACCACAAAUUUUCCGUGGCAUGUCUCCUGACACGUAUUAAAUAGGAAAACAAAUCUGAAUUCCAUAUCUGCAUCUUUCCAAUUGAUGGCUGGACUAAGCAUAAUUUAUUCUGACGAUCGAACAUUGAGAGUGAAAAAUAAUCAAAACAAUUAUUUGACAAGUCAGAAGAUGGUUUUAUUUAGAAGAAUGAUAAAACUAUGAUACAACCCGAAAUCCUAAGCCGGUUUGCAUACGAAGUCCUGUAGACCCUAAUAAGACUGGGCCAACUAGCCAGAACGUGGGCUUAUUGAGGCAUACAAGAACUCGAGAGCAUUUUCAAGUCGGCAUCUUUGGUUUUAUGUUUAGGAUUUUUGAAUCGCUAAAAAAUUUUGAUAAAAUUAGAAUUGUUACUUGGGUUUACUGAAUUCCCUUGGCACAGCCUGCGCAGUGAAAGAAUGCAUUCCCAGACAAGCUUUGAAGUACAUUUGUAAGCGCACAAUGCUUUUAGUGCAGCUUGACUAUCUGAGAAAAUACAAAUAUUUGCAUAUCUGUAUUUUCUCUCAAGGCAGAUAUUUGCGCAUUUUAAAAUAGCAAGAAUCUCUGCUUGAAACACCGUAGGAUAGUGUCCCAUCGCCACUGAAAUUUGUAUUCCAGGGCCGUACCAUUUUAGUCGGGUUGCUAUCCGACAUUCUGAUGUCGUGACCCGCCCACCGUAGUCUCCCGAUUUCCGUGGUGUGGACGAUGGUUGGUUCUCUUAGCAGCUGAUGCAGCUAAUGGAUCAUUCGCCUUCUCCAAGUCCCGUCUCCCAUCUGCACUCCACCGUAGAUGGUACGCAACACCUUCCGUCCGAAAACUCCAUGGGCGCGCUGGUCCUCUGCACGUAGAGUCAAUGCUUUGGAAAUUUCUUGAAGGCCCUCGUUCCCUCCUAACGCCCUUGGGAACCUGCUGAAACACCAGAAUCCCCCCUGGAAGACACUCCAAUCCCUCUGAAACCCCGCGUGGCAUCACCUCACAUUUCGUGCUCUGUAACCUUGCAGGUAAAUAAACUCAUAAAACAACCGUCCUGAGAUACCAUUCCAAGUACCAUUUUUUAACAAAAAAAGGCUUGAAGAAGUUCUUAGAUCCAUCAUAAAACCUGAAUAAAACGUAUGAGGUUUUAUGAUGGUUCUCAAAACCUCCACAAGACAGUUUGGUCAUCAAAAUCUUACUUGGGAUUUUACCACCCUGAGGUUCAAUUUUGCACCAUUUGGAACCUGAGGCCCUCUCUCUGAAACCCAUUAAACUUCCCUUCUGUCCCCUCUCCACUCUUGUAAACCUUGCUAAAACUUUAUAUUGUGCAAAAUAAUUGCAUUUUGUAUAGGGAGUAUUUUUUAAUGGAAAAUAUUUUUUCAUGAACUUAUCCAAGAAUACAAUGAAAUAAACAGCCAAAGUAGCUUAAUGGAUUCAUGAAUUACGUCGCUCGGGAAUGGAAGACUUAUUGUAGGAAUCCUCAGAGAGUUUAUGAAAAAAAUGCCAUAAAUAUAUUUAAAAGAAUUCCUGCAAAAAAUUCUGUCAUAUCCGAUGUGGGAAUUUCUGCAGCAUUUCCGUAUUGUUCCGUAUUGUGAGUCGUUGGAAGAAUUUCCGGAUGAAUAUCUAGAGGAUUUUUUUUUUAUGGAAAGUCUAGAAAAAAAUACAGAAAGUAACAGUAACGGCGAAACAUUUAGCGAAAGGAAUUUCAGGAGGGUUUCCUGACACAAUUUAUGUGUUAAAUAAUUUCUAAAAAAACUUGGAGUAUUUUCUUGAAGAAUCUUCUUAAGAUAAUUCUUAAUUAAAGAAGGAAUUCUCAAGAUUUUCUAUAGUAAACCCUGGAAGCAUUUCAAAUAAAACCUUGGGUUAUUUUUAAAGGUUCUUAUGGAGGAAUAAAGGAGAAUUCUAUUUAAGGAUUUUGCAAAGGAAUUUGUGGAAGAUAUCCUCGGUGAUUUUUGAAAAAAAUCUCAGAAGAUUUUCUGAUGGAAUCGCUGAAGGAAUUUCAAGACGCAUCAGUUGAAGAUUUUUCAAAACAAUACAUGAACAACUUCUGAAGAAAUCUCUUGACAAUUUGCUAAAGGAUUCUAUGAAAGGUUUUCUGAAGGAAUUCUGGAAGGCAUUCCUGGGCCCAAGCAACACGUAUGUUACAAAAAAGCCAUGACAGGGCAUGUUUUUGGUUUCACAUGAGCUAAAGUUAUGUAAUUCUCAUCGUAUGCUGGAAUAACUUGACAAUGUCUCGUGUGCAACUAAAAACCUUCGCUGCCGCGUCCUUUUUUGAACUAUAUGCUGCUUGGGGAGGAAUAUCUGUAGGGAACGCUUAUAUUAAUUUAUGGAGAGAUUUUUGAAGCAACGAAAAUUCUUUAUAAAGGAUUCCUCGAGAAAUAGAACUUGAGAAAUUCCUGGAGGUAUCCCUGAAGAACUAUUUGAAAAAAAUCCGUGAAUCAAUCUUUAAAGAAAUCCCAGGAAGUUUUUCUUCAAGAAUUCAUGAAUCCUUGGAUUUUCCAAUCCAGAAAUAUCUGAUGGAAAACUUAGCAUGAUUUUUGAAGAAGUCCCUAAAAAUGUUUAUGAAAUUAUUUAGGGAAAUUUCUCGAAGAAUCCAUGGAGAAUUUUUUGAAAAAAAAAAGGCUUCUUGUUGGAAAGAUUUCUAGAGGUUUAUCAAAAUAUUCCUUUGAGUAAGUAAUUUCAAUAAGAAUUCUUGUAAAAAAAAAUUGGAAGAAACCGUAACUCCUCGUUGAUUUUUGAAUCAAAUCUUGGAAAAAAAAUCGAUCACACCCCUAGUCGACCCCUAAUAAUCUAGUUCUAGAUAGUGGACCCCGCUUAUUCCUCGACUACAUAGUAAGCUUUUUACCAGAUAAAUACAUGAUAUCAAUGACAAAUCGAUACCACCUUGCUAGGUGCUGUGAUGACUGACGAAUCAUCAAGUGUUUGGGAUACUGUCAGAAUUAACGACUGACACGGUAAGGUCAUAAAACCCGAGGGUGUAAAGAGCACAGCGAUUGGUUCGUUUGAUACGACCAAACCACAAACAAAGCAGCACUGAGACCACCACCCUAUAGGAUAAUUACCAAUCUUUGCUGUCCUUCUGGCAGUAACGAGCGUUCUCUCUGGGGUAUUAUUUACCAUUAGAAAAAGCAGGGGUUUGGGAAUGUUCGCCUAUGAUUUUUUUCAAAAAUACUGUUUUAGGCUUGAGCUAAAGGUACACAAUUUUCUUUUCAAGAUUAACUUUCAAAGUUACUAAAAAGAAUGUUGUACUAAAAUGAGCUUGCAAUCAUCAAAUGUCACCAAACCUUUUGCAAUGGAAAACCAUCGCGUGUGGUCAACAUGAUUAAAGUUAAUAGAACAUUUUAUCGUGCUGAUCAAAACCGAGCAAUGGCAUGAGUCACGCAACGGUUCUAGCUGUUUCUUCAAUCGCACGAACACGACACUAGUAUCAAAAUUUUCUUUGAAUAAAUUAGACACCAUUAUCCUCAUUCAUUGAGAUUAUCACUUGGACGGGACAGUCACUUGUGUUACUUUAUAUUCGUAGCUAGUGACGCACUCCCACUCGAGUCAUCAACUAUUCAAUCUAGCUCCUUGCUUCAAUUACCUUCCCACUUUACAGAACGUGAUACUCCUAGGGCCAAAAACAUUCAUCUUAAGUAACGCACGUCGUUGUCAUCGUUUCUCAGGCGGUCUCACUGCGACCAUCUCCGGAUGCUGACUAAUACUAGCGGAUUAAGGUUUCAUUAUCGCCGUCGUCGUUUUCAUAAAAAUUUAUCACCCCUUGAAAUAAAAUACCACAUUUUAGCGCCGCCCACUCACACACACAUGCCCGCGCUCCACUUACAAGAAGUGAGUGACUGACGGCGUAGUGUGGUUGACUGUUUCCGGCAGUCAACUUGAGCACCACCAUUAACAGCCACCAUGCGGGUUUUAUGCUGGCUGAAAGCUUAUGGUCGUUAAUUUACAUCAACACCACCCACAUCCUAGCCAAAGCUCAGGGUUCCGAGAUGUAGGUAGAUGAUGGCUUAGUUAAAAUAUGAUAAUAUUUCCAUUGAUUUAACAUGUCAUUGUGUAUCAAGCCUGUAUCAAUUUAUCAAAUUUUUCUAGCAAUAGAAGAAGUUUCCAUGUAUUUUUUUCUUCAAAAUAUUUUGUGAGUUCUGGUUAGACUUGAAUUAUCUUUGGUGGCUUCAGUGUUAGUAAUUAAAUUAUGAUUUAUCAAAACAGCUUUAUAAAAUUCAUGAAAUUACAAUUAUCCUCCCACACGAACACGUGAACUCAAUCUAGAGCAAAGUUGAAUCAAAAAAAAAAAAAAAAACGCCAAACAUGGGAAACUUGCUGUCAGCACGAAUUUUCCAUCAAGUCACACGUCAAGGCCGACGUAAUUAAAGGCGAUAAAACUAUAAAAACCCCCGACCUCUUCACACUCAUAUCUAACGUCACAUUGCCACUUUUGCUCGCACCCCCAUCAGCAGGACCAACAGCAAAGGGCCACAAAGUGCUAUAAAACUGCUGACCCAACUCAAACAAAGCCUGGACGACUGGUGGGUAGACAGCGAAAAAAAAAUGUAAUUGGAACGAAAAUUUCGUACCUCACCACCAGAACGAUCGACGGUCGGUCGUCCGGUUCUGCUUAACAAUCUCUGCUCACGCCACAGCUAUUAACUACACCCAUUUACUGCGCGAUUCGCGGACAUGGUGCUGUUGCUGUAGUGGGAUGUGGAGUGAAAUAAGUGCGCAGCACUACACCGCACCGUGUAGCAGCGAAUUUCCCACCUCGCCAUUUCACACCCUAGCAUUCCAGGUGGGACUUCCGGUGCGAAGGUGGACCGUGUCGGCCUGACCAGACCAUGCAUAGGGUAGGUAAUCAAAAUUUGAACCAAAUUGCGGCUUACCGAAGUAACGCAAAUUUUGAGUGAUUUUUUCUCCCACAUGGAAAUAAUUUACUGCGGCAAAAUCUUAUGUACAUGAAAGCCACGGGUAUAAGCUUUCUGUUAAGUGGUAAAAAGUUUGUAUUUGCACCGAAUUUCAUUGAACAAUUCGAUUAUUCGUCAACAAUGAUUUUAAUCAUAAUUUGAACCAAUUUUAAUCUUAAUUUGAACUACUCGCGGCAGCAGCUCGAGCAUCUCCCUCAACAGCCAAUUUCGUGCUGAACAACAGAAAAACACAUGGAUUUGCUAAUUCCCACAACUAUUUUUCAUUGGGCAGUGGAAUUUCAACUAAGAAUGUUCUAAAUUCAUCAGGAACUUGGAAACUAAAUUUGGCAUUUUUCAUCCCCCAAAAGUAAACAAAAGAACCACUAGCGCAGUCUGCUGGCCAACACUGGAAGCUCACCCCCGUUCACUAGUUCAAAUUUAGAUUACAAAUGGUUCAACUUAAGAUAACAUUCUCCAAGUAAGAAUUAAUUAAAUUUGAUAAUUUUAUGACGAAUAAUGCGGAAUAUUAUUCGCUUGGUCGAGUCUACGAUAAAUAACCUUUCAUUUGACGUGUUUACAUAUUGCGUGUGAUACAAUGCAUGCAUGAGCUGUACGAGUGCACCGAAAAUGUGCUUUCUCUGGGGGGAAAUGGGUGAAAUCACAGUGAUUUUUCAAUUGCCUGUUUUCCAUGACAAAAACGCUUUUUUCAAUGCUUUUAAAGUCCAUGUUAUCAGGAAAGCUGUUUAACAUCUUUUUCGGGACAAUAUUUGCCUAAAAAGUACGUCGUUUUAAUGAAUUUCAUAAUGGUUCAAAUUAAGAUUACAAUUUGACUAGUUCAAAGUUUGAUUUCUUACCCUACGCUUGACAAACAGACAAACAGACUUAACUCUUAGAGAAAAUUCAUCAAAAACCUUUGCCCGGUGUCUUUUCAUUAAAAAAAAUCCAAUUAAUUAAACCAUUCGAAAAUUGGAUGUGGAUUUUAGCGACAAUUAUCAAACUUGGUUUCCACAAAAACCGCAAGAAAUUUCGCCAAGUACCUAUAUCUCCAAGAGUCCACUUUAAUCUUAUCAUACAAUUUUAUACAGUAAAUAAACAAGCUUGGUUGAAUGGCUAAAUUUUGUGAUUCUUUUUCUACAAAAACAACAUGCCUAUUUUCCGGAUACGCCGGCACUCAGAUAGAGAAAGAGAAGGACUUUCUAGAACCGUAAUUCGGGGUAAAAUAGAUCUCUGGGUAUUAGAAAAAGCUUACUUCAAUUAGUUUUCUUGCAAAUAUCGUUUAGUAGGGGGAUUAGGGGCAUAAUGGACACCCGGGGCGAAAUGGACACCCCUGCUAUUUCCGAAACCAUUGACUUUUAUGUAAAACUUUUAAUGCAUAAGUGUAAAGGAACAAGUCAUGGUUCUAUUUUUCAAAAGUACCAUUUAUAUUGCUCCAAAAUAACCAAAAUAUCAUUGAAAUUGAAAUAUGUUUUUCAUAUGGUGAAAUUCUUAUAAUUUAGAAGCAGCAUCAAAUAAGGUAUUACGAGUGUUGGAUUGUGUCCACCAUAAAAACAAAUGAAUUGUUACCUUAUCUACAUGUAUACGAAAAUUUAGCAAUGGAUAAAGUAUUUUAUUUUUGAUCAUAAUUUACUUAAAAUAGCAAUUUUAUUGUUGUAGUCGAUUCGGGGCGAAAUGAACACUGGCAAUUACGAAUGGAUGUACGCGCAUUGCAUACUGUUAGGCGUUUUAGAGAGUUUGGAAAAAAUCAAUCCGAUUAUUUUAGCCUAAAUUACUUAACUGGUCGAUGUAACCAAAGAAUUAGCAUAACAUAUGCAGGGGUGUCCAUUAUACCCCGAUGCGUGUCCAUUUCACCCCUGCCAGCCCUGAAAAACACACGGUUUACAAUUCAUUAUUUCUUCACAAUAAAGACAUUCUACCUGCUGUAAAUGAUUGAAAGGCGUAGGAAACAAGUUAAAGCUGUAACAAGUUAAAGCUGUGUGUCCAUUAUGCCCCUAAUCCCCCUAUCUGAUUCUAACAGUACAUUGCAAGAUAGGAAUCUAUGUGGAAAAGGAAAGUGUGCUUUUUCUAACAGAUCGAUGUCUGAUUAAUUUAGACCUGGACAUCAAUUUGACCUCGAUUUCCGGAACCAUAUGCUGUAGUGUAGUAAAAAGACAUUCGCUAAUGUUCACUUUUAUUAACCCUCGAGCGAUCGCGCUGUUGUAUUUUGUACAACACGUUGAAAAAAUCUCGCUUUUUGUACUCAGCAUUAGUGUGGUGCUGACGCAGGUAGUCGACCGCGCGAGUUACGGAAGGUUAAAUACAUUUAAACAUCAUGUUAAGAGCAAAAAAAAACUGGGACUUUUUUAUGCAUUCCUCCAGGGACACCUUUACAAAUUCCUCCAGAUAUUUAUUCAGAAACUACUCCAAGAAUUUCUUCUUAGUGAAUUCUUCCAUCUCCGUCUUGCGGAAUGCCGAUAGUGAUUGUUUCAGGGCAUGUUCCAAGAAAUGCUUCCGGAAUUCUGCAAGGAUGCAUCGAUGAAUUCCUCCAGAAAUAUUCUUAAAGCUUCCUUUAAUGAUUCAAUCACGAAUUCCUACACAGAGUAUUCCUUCUUUAUCUUUUUCAGGAGCAACUUCAGGUAUUAUUUUCAAAAAUCAUACAAGUAUUCUCCUCGAACUCUUCUUAGAAUGUCUUCAGGAAUUCCUCCUGGAAUUAUUUCAAAAACUCUAUCAGGAAUUUAUCCAGGAUUUCCUUCAGGAACUGUUUCGGCAUUUGAUUAGGAAUUCCUCUUGGGAUUGCUUUCGGGAUACCUCCUGGGGUUUCUUCAGGAAUUCCUCCAGAGAUUCCAUAACGAACUGCUAUAGGGAUGCCUACAGUAGCUCCGUCACAAACUCUUCUCAGGAUUCCUUCAGGAUUUCUCCAAGAAUUCCUUCUGUGAUUUCUUCAGUUCGUCCUCCUGGGAAUUCUUCAGAAAUUUCUCUUGUGAUUCCCUCAUUAAUUUUUCGUGAGAUUCCUCCAGAAAUUCCUCCAGAGAUUCCUCCAAGAAUUCUAGGAAUUCCUGCGCAAAUUUGAGAAUUCUUCCAGGAACUCUUAUGUGAAUUCUUACAGGGAUUCUUCGAAAAAUUUCUCCAGGAAUUCCAAAAGAGAUUCCUCCAGAACUUCUUAUAGAAAUUCCUUCAAGAAUUCCUACAGGCAUUUCUCCAAAAAAUAUCUUCAAGGGUGCCUUAAAUAAUUUCUCCAGGGAUUCCACUUGAAAUUGCUCUAGUGAAUCUUCAAGAAUUUCCUCCAGGGAUUUCUCUACAAAUUCCUCCACGAAUUGCCCCAGUCAAAUCUUUGAGGGAUUCUCCAGGAAAUCCUUCAGACAUUGCGCAGAAGAUUCCUCCAGGAAUACUUCCUGGUAUGCCUCCAGAAGUUCCUCCAAGAAUUUCUUCAGAGAUUUCUAUUGGGAUUUCUAUAUGGAUUCCUAUCUAGGGAUUUCUCUAGGCUUGUUUUAAUGCAUUCCAUAAGGAAUGUGGUGAUUCCCCCAAAAAUAUCUCCGAGGUAUCAUCGAGGAAUUACCCCAGAAAUCCCUCCAGGAAUUGAUCAAGGAAUUCUUCCAGGAAUUCCUCCAGAAAUUUCCACAACAAUUUCUCCAGGAAUUUCUCCAGGGAUUCCUUCAGAAAUUUCCCCAGGCAUUCGUCCCGGAAUUUAUCCAGAAACCAACCCAAGAAUUCCUCCAGGGAACUGGAUUUCCAAGAUCUCCUCCAGAGAUUCUUCCAGGAAUUCCAUCAGGAAUUCCUUCGGAAUUUCAUCCAAAUAUUCCUCUAGAUAUUGCUACCGGCAUGCCUCGAGAAGUUUCUCAAAGAGUUCCUCUAGGGGUCCCCCCAGGAAUUCCACAAGGGAUUUCUCUAGGCAUUUCUCCAGGAUUUCAUCCUGGAAUUUCUCCAGGAAUUACCCCAGGAAUUUCUUCAGGAAUUUCUCGAGGGAUGUCUACAGGAAUUGUUUAAGGGAUUCCUCUAGGAGUUUCUUCCAGGAUAGCUCCCAAAAUUCCUCCAGGAAUUUCUCCAGCAAUUCCUACAGAAGUUUUCUAAUAUUACCUCUAAUGAUUUAUUCUGGAAUUCACCCAGGGUCUUCAUUCAAAUUUCUCAAGGGAUUCCGCCAGGAAUUUGUCCUGAAGUUCCUCCAGGAUAUCGUUCAGAAAUCUCUCCAGAAAUAUCUCAAAGGAUUCCUCCAGAAAUUUACUCCAGAAACUCAACGAAAGAUUAAUUCAGAAAUUUCUCCAGGGAUUCCUCCCGGAAAUUAUCAAGGGAAUCUUCCUGGAACUUCUCCAAGAAUUCAUCCAGGGAUUCCUUCGGGAAUUCUUCCAGGAAUUUCUUUAGUAAUUUCCAAAAAAUCCUCCAGGUAUACUUUCAUAAAGUUCUCAGGGAUUCCUCCAGAAAUUCGCCCGCGAAUUCUUCCUCGGAUCCCUCCAAGGAUUCUUUCAGAGAUUGCUCCAUUUGCCUCUAAGGAUUUCUCCAGGAAUUCAUCCAGAAAGUCCUCUAGGAAUUCCUUCAGAAAUUUCUCUAGGGAUUCUUCCCAGAUUUCCUUAAGAGAUUCCUCCAAGAAUUCAUCCAGGAUUUUCUCCAGGGAUUCCUCCAGGAAAUCCCACAGGUAGUCCUUCCAAAAUUCUUCCAGGGAUUCCUCCAAGAAUUCCUAUAUGGAUUUCUCCACGGUUUCCUCCUUAAGUUCCUCCAGGCAUUCCUGCGGGAAUUCCUCCAGUAAUUCCUUCAAGAGUCCCUUCAGUGAUUUAUCCAGAAAUUUCUCCUUGGUUUCAUCCGAGAAUAUCUCUUGAGAUUUCUCCAAGAAUAUUCUCAAGGAUUUCUCCGGGAACUCUUCCACGGAUUAAUCCAGAAAUUCCUCUCGGGAUCUCGUCAAAAAAAUUUCAGGGUUUCAAUAUAGACUAUCCUUGCAAGAAUUAUGCUAUGAAUUUUAAAGAGAAUCCUUGAGCACGUCUACCAGAAACUUAAUAAAGGAUUCUUCUCGAUAGAAACUCACAACGUUGCGUAAAGUAGGUGCUACUAAUGGCCAUCUCCCUGGCAGCAGAAAAGUUAACUAAUCUCAGGCUUCGUGUUUGGGGUUAGUUGUCUUCUUCUUAGUCAGCAACUACGUGGUUGAGGUGGCUGACUCACAAGCGCGGGGAAGAGAGGUUGGGUCGACAGGCUCCAGGACUGCCCAAGUACCACACUUGUCACAGAAAAGUCACGGCGGUGCAGGUUUUUGCUGCGCAGAAGUCACUGUGAUUUGCUUUCAGCAAGUAAGUGUGUAUUUGCUAGAAGUAAGUCAGCACAAAAAACCCUGCGCCGCCGUGACUCUUCUGUGACAAGUGUGUUCUUGGGUGUACUCCCUGUUGCCCCCUAGCAGAUGGUAUAUUACCAUUAAGCGUUCGCACACGUCUUCUGCAGCGCGACGAUGCCAAGCCCGCGAUCCUUCAGUAGACCGGCAAAAAUGCGGGUGCUCCCAAUGAAGCUGAGAGAUCGGCAGUUCCACGUACCGUAAUCCGGGGUCAAAUUGAUCACUUUAAAACAACUUUUGCGGAUAACAUCAGUGCCAAUUCAAAUAUUGCUAAAAGAAUUUCUGUAAAACCAGUACGCUGUGAAUCUCCAUGGAACCAUGUGACAGAAUUUUGUUCAACAAAUUUGAACUUUAAGUUAAAUAACUCCAAAUAUCAAAAAAUUGGAAAUGUAAUAAUGGGGCGAAAUUGAUCAGUACACAAUUAAGCAUCGGUCGGAAAGGAAAAUUUUCUUCUCCGCUUAAUUUUGCUCUCCUAAACCAGAAUAAAGCGUUCAAAAUCUUUAAACUAGUGAAUUUAAUACUUAAAAUGCCAAAUUAAAUUUUAAAAUUCCCCCUUAAACGCCUAAAGGUAGGCAAUUUCAUUUGAAAUAAGUGAUUUCUUUACACUAAAUGACUAUUUUAUUAUAAAAUGAACUUUUUCAUAACUAUUUCAUGUUCUAAUUAGCUACAUAACUUCCCAACCAAGGUUCCACAAAAAUUUUAAAACACAGAAUUUACGGGAAGUCCUAUUAUUAAUCGAUUGUUUAGUAGCGAUGAUUUCAACUAAAUGUGAAACACAUAGCAAAUUCCUCGAAAAAAUAAGGCAAAACUAACUUUCUACUAAAAAUUUAAAAGUCUACACUCAUCUCUAGACAGCUACGAACCAGAUAACGUAAAAAGUUUAAGAUCAUAAAGACGCUUAAGGGUUCCUAGUAUGGAAUUACAAUCUAGUACCCGAAUGAUCAAUUUCACCCCGCUGAUCAAUUUGACCCCGGUUUACGGUACCGAGUUUCCAAUCGCAAGUCCAUUUUUUCCGCUGGGAUCGUUGCCGUUGGUCUCGGUUCGUAUUAUUCUGUUGCUGAUUUUCCGUUACAAUGUUUUUACGGCUGGCUCGUAAGGCCGAUCACCAACCCCCUACUUUCCGGAGGAUUAAUUUCAAUCGAAUCGUUUAGCGAUGAAAAUCGGCUGAUACUUCGAUGUCACUCAAGUCCAACGUAAUGUUUCCACAAAGCAGCUUUAUAUUGUAUCCUUUCACUUUUAUCAAUAAAUCCUCGAUACGAAGGCUAUUAUGUUUCAAAACAAUAGUUAGUUUUUAUCGAACGUUUCCUGUCGGCGCACCCUGAGCUAUAAAAUGUGAUUACCACCGUCAGUAACCCCAUCACCUAUCUACUAUUAAGCUGCGAACGACGAUAGUCAUAGUCACAGACACUAUCCAGAUGUUUCCACAGAGAAACAGCAACUUACUGUGUUGGUUGAUUCCUUUCAAACCAUACAAAACCAUACCAUCAACUACCAUCGGAUGAGAAUAUGUAGUUUCCUCCUCCUUUGGUCGUCGAUAGGUAGGCAGAGGCCACAGGGAUGAUGUUGAGUGUUUUCGCCGUUCAAACGUAACGCAAUUUGCCAACUCCAUUAGAAGUAUGGUGGGUCCGGCUAGAAAAAUAAGGCUGCAAUCAGCCUUCGUCAUUCAUCACUCCCACCACCAUUGACUGACUGACUACCAUCAACAGAUGGACGAACGGGCAUAUGGGGACAUGGGGUAUGAAGCCGGGAAUCAUGAUUUCACCAUGCCGAUAAAAAGUUUAGAUAGUGAGAUAGGGGGGAGUAGCUUAUUUACUACAAUUACCUGACAAACAUUGUUUUGUUGAAAAAUAUUUUUGAUUGAUACUGAUUCAAACAAUAAAAAAUCUACAAAUAAAUAUUUUUAACAAUGAUGAUGAAGUUCAAAUGAUUUAGGAGGGGUUCUGAAACCCGUCAAAAUCCUAUUUUGUUGACAUUUAUAAAGGAUUUAUCCCUCAAUGAUUUGAGGAGGUUCUUAAGACCUCCCUCAAACCAAAACUAGUUUUAUGGUGGCUAUUACAAUCUUUCUUGUCAUGAUAGGGCUGCAUAUUGUUGGUUGAGUUUUAUUAAAGAAUUCUCUGAACUUAAGGGAUUUGAUGUUUUUCAUAGUUUGAAGGUAACUCGUUCAGUUAUUCGUGUCUUCAACGUCCAGGCGGGGCCUGGGAAUUAUUUUAUUCCACACUCCCCUACCCCUAGUGAGGCACCGGGGUAAGGUACACAGACGAUGCAAAGUCGUGUCCUUGAAAUCCUUCUGUGCUGAUCGGCAUUUGAUAGAGCACCGACGAACAACCUAACCAACCAAUCAACCGUAAGGAGUGGAGCAUGACUCGCAAGCUAACCAGAUUCGAUAGAGCCGGCGGAUUUUCCCGCUCGAUAGUGGAAAAGAUAUAUUUAUUAGCUUGAUGGCUGAUUUAGCAUGAAUGGUGCACUCUAAAAUGGCUUUUACAAUAUGCUAGUAGACGUCGUGGUAGCAGCCAGCGUAGCUGUUUCAUAUCCUUGACAUCCGGUUGGUUCUUGGCAAGGUGUAACCGGACGGAUGUCGGUGUAGGUUGGUUCGAUAUGAUCAGACAAUGCAUGGAUAUUACUUAUGGUGAAGUGAAAAGGAUUUCAAGUGAAAAUUGCUUUCAGAUUGAAAGUUACAUUCUGCUGAGAUGGUGAUACAUGUUACAUAUAACUGAAAGCAUCGAUUCACUGCAGCGGAAUUGAUCCAAGUAUAUCCAGCAUGAGUUGGUUUGUCUCGGAAGUUUACUGGGGAUUGACAUAUGUUCAGUUAUGUAACCAGAAAAGGGCAGCUUUAUCCAAUGCCAUUUCAAAACUGAUCCAUAUCAAUAGUACAAAUUCGAUGAAAAAAUGAAACCAAAUUCAAUCGCAGGUCAAUUCAAAACCAAUCCAUAGCCAAUCCCAAACUAAGACAAUCCAAGCUUAAUACAAAGCCAAAUUAAAGCCACUCCAAAACCAAUCACAAGCUGAUUCAGAGCUAAUGAAACACAAAUGAGCCAGCCUAAACUAGUACUAAUCUAAAUUAAUUUAUAACAUUUAUAACUAAAGCCUGUUCUAAGUCAAGUUACAAAUCCAAUGCUAGUUUGAAACCAGUCCAAAACCAAUAUAAAGCUAAUCCAAAUCCAAUUCAAAGUAAAUCCUAAUCUAAUCCAGUCCAAAGUCAAUUUCAUACUGAAGAAAAAUUUAGUCUAACCCAAAUCAAAGUCUCUCAAAAUUGAAAUUAAAAUCCAACUCAAGGCAAUUCAAUACAAUUACAAAGCCAUUUAUAAUUUGAAGCCAAACAAAGCAAUUAAAGCCACACACGAAGAAAAUCAUAGCCAAUUUAAAGCUAAUUCAAAGCCAAUUCAAAGCUAAGUCAAAUCCAAAGCCAGUUGAUAGUUAUUCUAAUGCCAAUUCAAUGCCAAACCAAAACCAGAGCCAAUCCAAAACAAAUUAAAACCGAGCGAAAGCCAACUCAAAACCUGUUUAAAACCAAUUCAAAGUCAAUUUCAAACCAAUCAAAAUUUAAGUCAAGUACCAAUUCUUUGCUUAUACCAAGCAACAUUUUGAAUACCAAUUAGUCUGGUAGAGGUUUUGAAAACCGUCAAUAAACAUAAUUUUGGCUUUAGUGUGGACUUAAUAACGUCUGCUAGUCUAUUUGACUAAACAUUGUUACUUGGGUUACAAAUUCACUUAAAAACCAUUCCAAAGAAAAUCUAAGGCCAAUCAAAAGCCAGUUAAAAGCAAAUCCAAAGCCAAUUCCAAACCAAUAAAAACUCAAGUCGACCCUAAACCUUCUUCAAGCCAAUCCAAUGCCAAUUCAAAGCCAACACAAAGCCUUAUUAUCACUGAGCUAAUUCAAAGCUAAUUUCAAAUCAAUCAAAAUUCAUGGCAAAUCCAACUUAAAACUAAUCAAAUACCAAUUCAAAACCAAUCCAAAGUCAAUUCAAAGCUAAGCUAAGGCUAAUCCAUUGUCAACUAGCCAAUCUAAAUCCAUAUCUAAUUGAAAGUCAAUUCCAUUUAAAGUCAAACAAGUGCAAAUCCAAAGAUCAUCAUAUGCUAAUCAAAUCUAAACCUCAAUCAGUCCAAAGUCAAUCUAAAACUAUAACAAAACUACUCAAAAGCCAAUCCAUAACCAAUUCAAAGCGAAUCCAAAGCCAGUUUCAAGCUUUCAAAAAUGUACUUUGACUCUGGUCAACUCAAAAAACAAUUAAAUGCUAAUACGAAGCCAACCAAAAACUAGUCCACAGCCAAUCCAAACCCAAUUAGAACCAUUUUAAAACCAACGCAAAGCCUAUCCGAAGACAAACCAAAGUCAAUUUGAAGCGAAAAUCUUAGGAUUGUAACUAAUCUCUCCAAAGCUUAAUCAACCCUAGCUACGUCUCCGUUUGAAAUCGAUCAUCCCCACGAAGCCGAAGACAGUGCAGUGCAAGGAGGAUAGGUACGUGCUGCAAUUGUGCAAGUUCGUGUAAAUUGCCAUUGCAUUGGUGAUGUCGGUAGAGCUGCAUCAGUCCGUGCACGCUAUACCCCAGCCAGUUAACCUUCCGCUAGGGGUGCAUUCAGAAUGCAGUCAGUAGUACUUGACCUUAACUUUGAUUCCCUUCGGAGAGUGAGCCAUUCGUUCCCUUCACUUGGCAAAUGGUUGGCUGAAAGCACAGACAGACAUAAAUUGCUUUGGAAGUGGAUUUAAAGAGCAUAGUACAAUCGGAUCACGCUUUCGUCCAAUGUCGGCAUUUGUCGGAAUUCAUCGAUGACCCAAAAGGAUACAUAGAAUGUGAUAGUAUGCAAACAAAUGCAGUGCAGCAGAUGCAAUUAAAGCGUAAAUCCUAUUAGCAAUCAACAUCGGAUGCCAUCGCAAACAAAACGCUCGGGAUGGUGCAAUACUGUUUCGUCAUCUAAUGCGAUUAGAUUGAGCUUCUUUCCUUCGUAUCCGGCACGGUGGAAAUUUUAUAAUGGCUACACUGAUUGUAAUUUCCGAAAUUUCAUUUACCCAUUAAUGUGUUUUUACAUUGUAGAACCAAACUUUUAUUGAAUUCUUCUUUUUGCCUUCCUCGUACACUAAGUGUACUAUGUAUUGCGACAUUUGCACCCAUUUAGACUCGGCCCGAAUUCAUUAUUAUCACAGUUGAAUUUCGCACACGACUUCGCAGCGGCUCACGUUCACAACUUUGCUCGAGUUCGUGAGAGGGUCAUCGGCUGCACAACCGGUAAACAAAUUAAGUUUGAAUGGUGCGAAAUAUCGCUUGGAAAUAAAAAUAAAGUGGGUUUUCAAAUUAUCACAGUAGUCUAAAAAUUAACGAGAAACCCAAUAUGUUCACUCAAGAAACGAUUUUUCAAAAAUCAUUAUCAACGAUUUUUCGCCAAAAGGCUUCGGAAGAUCAAGUCGCAUAUAUCAAUCAACUCAGGUCGACGAAUUGAGAUGAUGUCUGUAUGUGUGUAUGUAUGUAUGUGUGUAUGUAUGUAUGUCUGUGCACAAAAUAAGUACACUCACUUUUAAGUCACUUCCCAUUGGCCGAUUUUUCGGAUUACAGCUCGAAUCAAACCGGAAUUGUUUCCUAUUGAAAAUGGUCGAGGCGUUCCGAACUGCCCGUAUAUAAAACUGAACCAAGCCCCAUCAUGCGACACAUCAAACUGCGGCGAUUUUUGUAACCUUUAGCAUGGUUGAAGAAUUUUGUGUGGAAAUCAAAGCUUGAGACUAGAAAUUCCACGAUUUUGACCCAAAAUUCAAGAUGGCGGCCUAAUAUUCAAGAUGGCGGCUAUUUAGUUUUAGGCUCUUGAACCAUGCAAUAUGGCUAUAUUUGGCAUAGUGAAUAUUCCGGGAGUUCAAAAAUGGCGACCAAAAUAUCCAAGAUGGCGGUCCAAAAUCCAAGAUGGUGACUCCAAAUUUAAUAUGGCGUCUGUUUAAUGGAAUUUUUGGUCCUAAAACCAUGCAAUAUGGGUUUAUUUGGUAUGGGGAAGAUGUCUGGAGCCUAUAAACGACGACCAAAAUAUCCAAGAUGGCAGUCUAAAAUGCAAGAUGACGACUCCAAAUUCAGUAGGGCGAUUGCUAAUGGAGUUUUAGCCCAAGUAACAUAUUUGUCACUGAAGAGCAGGGAUACCAUAUAUACAGAUUUAUUGUUUUUUAGCUCCCGUACAUACAGAUUUCAUUUGAAAUGAAAUACAGAUUUUUGGGCGGGAGGAGCUAAUUUAUUUCUGUAUGGGAUACAGAUUUUUCGCCAAAAUUUUGUAUAGGAUACAGAUUGUUGAAAAGAGUGAUACAGAUUUCUCAAAAAAUCAUCUGGCUUCCCUGCAGAAGAGUCACGGCAGCGCAAGUUUUUGUUGACCAGGAGGCACUGUGACUUACUUCUAGCGGUUCCGGGUCAUUUGGCCGAACGCCAUUUGGCCGAAUGCCGUUUGGCCGAAAAAUAAAUGAUGAACUGAAGUGACCAUGUCACUGUUUCCCGCAUCAAUAUAACUAGAAAGAAAAGCCUAUGAUUCAAAGAAGGAAAAAUCUUAGAUAAAAUAUUGGCAGCUCAAGUGCAAACUAAUCUCUGAAUGUCAAAACUAGAAAGAAUAGCCUAUGAUUAAAAGAAGGAAAUACUUAUGAUCAAUAUAUUGGCAGUUAGCAUGUCAAGAACUUUUUCUAAAUUCGUUUGGUUAUAAUUCGGCCAAACGGCUUUCGGCCAAACGACCCAUUCGGCCAGAUGGCAUUCGGCCAAAUGGCGUUCGGCCAAACGGCAUUCGGCCAAACGGCAUUCGGCCAAAUGGCCGGACACCACUUCUAGCAAGUGAGUAAUUAUUUAUUAGAACUAAGUCUCAGUGACUUCUGCGCAAUAAAAUCCUACGCUGCCGUGACUCUUCUGUGACAAGUGUGUUACUUGGGAUACUCUAAACCAUGUUAUAUGAGUAUUAUUUAGUAUGGGGAAGAAGUCUGGAAAAAUGACGACCAAAAAUCCAAGAUGGCAGUCCAAAAUCCUAGAUGUUCAAUGGAGUUUUAGUCCCUAAAAUCAUGAAAUCUGGAACCUCUUUUUAUGCACAUGGGUGGGACUGCAUAAAUUAAAAAAAGCAUAGCAUAGCAUAGCAUAGCAUGAAUACUUGCACAAAUCUUGGAUGGAGUUGCAAAGUUGAAUAUUUCCAUUGACAUUGCUGAUGUCGCUAUUAUCUACAAUGUCAUAGAUUCACUCAGCUCCACACACCUGGCCAAGUCCUUGCAAGCAUUUAUAAAUCCCUUCAUCAACUUAGAAAGAGCCCAGAACUGAAGCGUCUUCCAAUAGAUGAAAGGAUGUUGAAAAUAGCGAAUUUUCAACUUAUAUGCAGUUAUAAAGUAAAUAUACUGAAAUAGAAGUAUUUAUAAAUAAAUAAUAUUGGAAAGAUCUCACCAAUUGUUGUGGGGUUUUUGUGGUUCAUUGCCAAUCAUCUAAUUGUCUUGAUUAAUGUUCUUCUCUGUAAAGAACAACACAAUACUCAGCAAAGAACAACACAAUGAGUGAUGCAUGCACAACCAAGAACAACACAAUACUAAACACUUAACACCCGCGCAUCUAUUGUUUUGAUGUUCACUCGAGACAAUAGCGAACGCGAUCGAUUAUGCUGCCAUACUCACCCCUUACAGGAGCGAUGCAUGCACAGCAAAGAACAACACAAUACUCUGGGACUGCAUAAAUUAAAAAUGUGCAUAAAUUAAAAAAAGGCAUAAAAAGAGGGAAAUUUAUGCAUAAAUUAAGUUUGGGCUUUAAUUAGAGAAUCUAGUUCGCGAGAACAGGUCUUGCCCCUGGGAAGUUGAGGUGGGGCUAUGGGGGUUUCCAGAAAGUUCCCAGAGAGUCCAAAAAGGGGGUUCCAAGGAGCUUCAGGGACGUUUUAAGGGGUUGUUUUUGGGGACUUGAGGAGCCUUUUAAGGGUGUUCUGUCAAGAUUUUUCGGUGUUUUCAUGGGAUUAUGGGGAAUUCGCGGGUAUCUCAAUAGUAUUAAGUGGGUUUCAGGGGCGUUUCAAGGGGCUUUAGGGGCAAUUCAAGGGAUCUCAGGAGCCUUUAGAGGGCGUUGCAAAAGGUUUGAGGGGCGUUUUAAGGUAUUCCAGAGUCUGCUCUAAAACUUCCUGAAAUGCCUCAAAAAUCCCCCUUAACCCCCCGAGGACCCCAUGUAACGCACCUGAGAGUCUUCUAAACCCCAGAGAACUCCUCCAUAACGCUUCCGUAACGCCUCUGAAUCCCCCGAAAAUGCUCUGAAACGUCUUGAAAUACCUCCAAAAUCCCCGUGAACCCCCUCGGAUUCCAUGUAACGCACCUGAGAAGCUCCGAACCCCUUGAAAACUCCUCCGUAACGCUUCCGUAACACCUCUGAAUCCCACCAAAGAGGCUUUGAAAAGACCUGAAAAGCCUCCAAAAUCCCCCUCAAACCCCCACGGACCCUAUGUAACGCACCUGAGAGGCUCCAAACCCCCGAAAACUCCUCCGUAACGCCUCUUAAUUCCGCAGAAAAUGCUCUUAGACGUCCUGAAAUGCCUUCAAAAUCCCCCUUAAGCCCCCUCGGACCCCAUGUAACGCACCUGAGAGGCUCCGAAUCCCACGAAAACUUCUCGUAACGCUUAAGUAACGCCUCUGCAUCCCGCCGAAAAUGCUCUGACACGUUUUGAAUUGCCUCCAAAAUCCCCCUUAAAACCCCUCGGACCCCAUAUAACGCACUUGAGAAGCUUCGAACACUCCGAAAACUCCUCCGUAACGCUUCCGUAACGCCUCUGAAUCACGCCGAAAAUGGUCUGAAACAUCCUGAAAUGCCUCAAAAAAUCCUCCUAAACCAAAACCCCUAAAAACGCCUCCGUAACGCCUCUGAAACCAGCCUAAAAUGCUCUGAGACUUCCUGAAAUGACUCCGAAACCCCCUUUAGACCCACUCGGACCCCAUGUAACGCACAUGAGACCUUCGGAAACACCCAAAAAUGAACCUGUAACCUUCCUUUGCUCUCCUCUGUAAACACCUCUUGGCCGCCGUUGCAAUAGUUCGCGUCAUUAUUUAAUAUUCUUAUGAACAAUAUUGGUUCUGAGUAGCUUUCCCUCUUUUUAUGCAGGGCAUAAAAGAAGGUGCAUAAAUUAAAACUGCAUAAAAAUAACAUGCAUAAAAAGAGGUUUUAGUGUAUUUGCUAUUAGGAAGAUGUCUGGUGUCUAAAAAUGGCGGUAUAUAAUCCGUGACAGCUGCUUCAAAUUCAAGAUGGCGUCUUUUUAAUAAAGAGUAUAUUUGGUAUAGGAAAGAUGUCCGGACUCCGGAGUAGAAAAAUGACGACCAGAAUAUCCAAUAUGGCAAUCUAAAAUCCAAGAUGGCGACACUAAAUUGAACAUGUUUGGCUGUUUAAUUGUGUUUAAGGCUCUAAAAUCAUUCAAUAUGGUUAUAUAUGGGGCUUUAGGACAUUUCCGCGAAUUCCAUUACCCCGAAUAAUUUAUCAGCAAGCCUUUCUGGAGACCCGCUCUGGGUAACUAACGAUGCUCGAAGUGGUUGACCAUAUUUUCAACAAAGAUUUUCCAUCUUUGCGCAUAUGUUGUUUUUUCUAGCCAUACUACUGAGGAACUUUUUGGAAUACCAAUUGCUAAUAUGAUCAUCACAUGUGCAUCCUUCUUUCAAACAUAAGCUAUUUUUUUUAGUUAUUAUUUCAAGGAAUUUGUUAGCGUUUCAACUGGUAAUACAUUUAUCAGAGAUUUUUCCUUUUUUUAAUCAUAGGCUAUUUUUUCAAGAUGUACUGUCAUAUAGAAUAGUGACAUGACCACUAGUUCAUUAUUCUUAUUAUUCAUUAUUAUUCUUCCUUCAUAUGAUCUAAAACCAAUAGUUCAUUUAUGAUAUUUUCCUUUCGGCUGUUCUUUUAAUCAUAUUGGUCGAACAUUUUUACAAAGCGUUCGAGGAUUUAAAUAUAUUUUCUUCUAAGUGUUUCGGUUCUCUAAGAGGCACAAUAUAAUUUUAUCAACCAAGCUAGUUCAUUCCGGGACUAACGGCAUGCCUUUCCGUCAUUUAAGCAAAUAGACAAUUCAUUAUAGACAAAACAAUAUUCGGGGUAAUGGGUCAAUCGGGGAAAUGGAAUUCGGGGAAAUUGGUCAUUCGGGGUAAUGGAAUUCGGGGUAAUGUCAUUCGGGGUAACGGAAUUCGGGGAAAUGUCAUAGAGUCCAACGGCUCAAAAUUCAAGAUUAAACAUCAAAAGCCAGCCCAAGUAACAAUGAAUGCUGAACAGUGAGAGUAUUGGCUGAACAAUAGCUGGUUAAUGGUGUCAAAGGCUGAACACAACGACUGCUGAAUAUUAGUCUGAAGCAUGGCUUGUUCAACCUCUUUAAUCAGCAAUAUUUAGACGGCUGAAUAUCAAGUUGAAUAGAAUAUUAUACAUCUGGGUAAUCAGCUUUAAAACAUACACCAACAUGCAGAAUUAAUCAUCUGUUGUUCGGCCUUUAAUCAAAUAUUUUUUGACAGCUGACCAAAGCAUGAUUUUAGUGAAGUCCGCAUCGCUUCUUCAGCCUCAAUACAGACUUCCCAGUUUUCCCUCAGAUCAAUUUAUUCAUUCCUUAACAUCUCUUCUAGACAUAGACGCAGCUAAUGAUAAAAAUAGGCUCAGGAAAGUAAUUUAAUUUUAUUUUUACUCAAUUAUUAAAUCAUGUACUGAUUUAUCGACCGUAUUCUAUAAUUAACUUGAUGAUUUUGUGGCUAUAUCGGUCUCUUUCUACUCAUAAGUAUAAGGGAGUAGAGAUCAAAGUGGAUAAUGAAAUGAUAGAUAUGAUAGAAUUCGCUAGGUAGCGAACAACUGUGAAAAUUUUAUAGAAGGUGAAAUUAGGCAAGUAGGCCAUGUAUUGAACGAAUACAUCGAAUGCGUGUUCUAUCCAAUAAGAUCGAAAAAGCUAAUAGGAAGAACACGCCGCGAUAUAGGCAUACUCCUAUGAACGGAGUGCGAAUUCCGAAAAAGCUACCGAUCGAUAGAAUUUGUGAUGAAAACAGAACAAUACAUAGGCAGUCGGGUGCCUGAUUCAUCUGCCAGUCUUGGUAAGGUGGUAUGAACUACCAAUCAAGCCGAUCUGUUUAAAAGCACAGGUCGCACGGCAGAAGUUUCACGCAUUCGAUGUAUUCGUUCAAUACAUGGCCAACUUGCCUAAUUUCACCUUCUAUAAAAUUUUCACACUUGUUCGCUAUCUAGCGAAUUCUAUCAUAUCUAUCAUUUCAUUAUCCACUUUGAUCUCUACUCCCUUAUACUUAUGAGUAGAAAGAGACCGAUAUAGCCACAAAAUCAUCAAGUCAAUUAUUAAAUGUAAUUGAUUACUGAUUAAGCGCAUAUUGAGCGCUAAAGCAGCCUUGCAAUGAACCUCAAAUAAGCUAAAGGUUGAAUAAAAUCACCAAAAUUAGAUGUUUAGGAGCUGAAUAAAGGAUUGUACCUCUUGUGCUCAGCUUUUGUUCAAAUGAAGGCUGAUUUAAAAUAGUUGAAGAAACGUUUGUACAGCAUCAAAUUGUUACCUGGGCAGAUAAAUAAUAUGAUUUCUGGUGCCAUGCAAUAGAAUUUUGUUUAACGUAUGAAAGUGCGAAUAAUUAUAAACAUGUCACUUGAGUUUUGCUGAAAUGAGUUAUUGCGCACGAGAAAGACACCAUCACCGCUAGGUGGAUUAAUAAGAGUUUUUCAUAUAAAACGUGCGCCACAGCACUUGUUUCUUCUUGGAAAUUUUGGUGGAUUUUUUGAGUAUUUUUCGAAAGGUAGUCUUAAGCUUGUAGCUACGAAGCGUGUCUUAGGUGAAAAAGAUGUAAAUGGUAAAUGGUCACCUACACCCAUCUGGCCUCCUCAAAUCUGCAUUUGGACCUCUCAAAUUAAAUUCUUCUUGGAAUUUGUUUUGGAAAUAUAUUUUUUCCUGUUCAAAAAGAUCCUUGAAAAUCACAGAAACUUUGUAAUAAUUCUAAACAUUUAUUUCAACUCAACUACUGCAAAGACGGUUGAAAAUAUAUCUUUUCUUCAAACGUUUCUAAGUACCUAUGUAGUUCUAAAAUACUCGAAAAGAUUCGUAGCAGUUCUAAAACUAAAUUCUAGAACAUCUUCUUUGAAGCAAAAAAUCGUGAUCUUAUUAAGAUUGAAUCUACAAACCAGGGCUUCUCCGUGUGCUGCACACCAGCAGCUACAGAAUGUACUUCAUUUCGUCACAAUCACACAUGGCACCCGAGUUCAUUGAAAGUUGCACUGGAAUCUUCAUGUCAGCUGGCUGCCCUUGUCCUUGCACUACGUCGUCGUUGUGAUAACAUUGCAUCCUCUCCCACUCACCCUUUUGACUAACAGAAGAACGUGCCUCGUGGUACUUUGUAGCCAGUCGAAGAUAGGUACCUGUCUCGUUUUGUGAUAAAAUGUGAUGACAUUGAAUCGAUUCGGUUUCCUGCCCUCCUUCGCGUUUAUUGUGAUGACCUAAUUUUUUGUGUCUUCGCUAUCUGAUUGUCUUUCAUCGACGUUGCUCUAUCAUUUUGAACGACACAGUUACUUUCAGAGUUAAACGUACAGCAGUUUUAUUUUGUUUACAAGUUUUUGUUUAGGUAUUAUCUUCCCAUUUUCACAAAAUAAACUAAAGAGCCUGACAGCUAUAGAAAAAGAUGGAACUUUUUCAUGAAAAAAAUGUUGUACGUUCAAUUAUAUGAAUGACUGUAUAUUUUCUUGUUUGUUCUUCAUUUUUUUCCUCGGUUUCCAAUU